CUCACGUGGGCGACCGAUUGACGGUCAUCAGGGGGCGGGGCCUCGAGUCCCCUCCCACACGUGGAAGGGAAGGGAAGAGGAGGGAAGUAGUGACGAGAAGAUGGCGGCUCCUGGCGGGCAGGUGGAGCGAGGCGCUGCGGCAACAACAGCGGCAACAACAACAGCGGCUGCUGCUGCUGCUGCUGCGAGUGGGGCGACGCACUGGCAGGGAGGCGAUGUCAUGGCCGAGGUGCGAGCAGCGGCGGCGGCAGGCGGGGAAGUCGCGGUGGGUGCGGGUGAAGACGGGGGUGUCACCACCCGUUUGCGACAGCUCUACCCGGCCGUGAACGAGGACGAAUCUCCGCUGCCCCGUGCCUGGAGCGCCAAGGACAAGCUCAGCUACAUCGGCCUCUCGCUGGGGAAUCUGCGUGUGCACUACAAAGGGCAUGGCAAGACACCCAAAGACGCAGCAUCGGUGCGUGCCAACUACCCCAUCCCUGCUGCGUGUGGCAUUUAUUAUUUCGAGGUGAAGAUCGUGAGCAAGGGCAGAGACGGGUACAUGGGGAUUGGGCUGUCUACACAAGAAGUGAAUAUGAACAGAUUGCCUGGCUGGGACAAGUACUCGUAUGGUUACCACGGUGACGACGGCCACAGCUUCUGCUCGUCGGGCGCGGGGCGUCCGUACGGCCCCACGUUCAGCACGGGCGACGUCGUGGGCUGCUGUGUGAACCUCGUGAACGGCACGGCCUUCUACACCAAGAACGGACACAGCCUCGGGACGGCAUUCACAGAUCUCCCGCCCAACCUUUACCCAACGGUGGGGCUGCAGACCCCGGGGGAGGUGGUGGAGGCGAACUUUGGGGGGCAGCCGUUUGCGUUCGACAUCGAGAACCACAUGCAAGAGUGGCGCGCUCGCAUCUCCGCUGCCAUCGCCCGCUUCCCGACGCCCGGCAGCCACGCAGCCUGGCAGGGAACCCUGCACACCAUGGUGGCAUCUUACCUGGUGCAUCAUGGGUACUGCGGCACAGCGGAGGCCUUUGCUGCAUCCACGGGGCUGGAGCAGGAGGAGGAUAUGCGCUCGGUCCGGAACCGGCAUCGCAUCCAGGCGCUGGUGCUGGCCGGACGCAUGGGUGAGGCCAUCGAGGCCACGCAGCAGAGCUACCCCGGGCUGCUCGACCGCUACCCGGAGCUGCUCUUCCGGCUCAAAGUGCGACAGUUUGUGGAGAUGGUGAACGGCACGGACAGUGAGGUGCGCUCGCUGGGCGCCCGCAGCCCCAAGUCUCAGGAUGGGCUCCGGGUGCCACACGGAUCCGGCCACACCGCAGCAUCCUCCUCCUCCUCCAACCCCUCCUCUCCUGCCGGCGCCGUCAGGGGCCUAGCAGCAGCGGAGGCCGGAAUGAGUUGCGCGAGUAACGGACGCACGGGAAGGACGCCGCACGCCGGCCGGGACAGGAGAGCUCGUCGCACGUGCAGCCCCACACCCCACGGCAGCAGCAGCAACAGCAGCAGCAGGCCCACCACAUCAUCACAGCCGGGCGAUGGUGGGGCCGGCGGGGCCGGUGGGGCCGUGGAGGUGGCGGACACCGGCGAGACUCCCAUGGAGUGUUGCACAAACGGGCUACACGGCGACUCCAGCGAGCGAGUGUCUAACGGCAGGCAGCACGCGACAAACGGGGCGCUGGAAUCGCACCCGCCACAGGCCGACGUGGAGGGGGACGAGGAGCCCCCUGGCGGUCCCAGGCCAUGGGCGCUAUGCGGCGGUGCUGUCGAGCACAUGGUUCACUUUGGGCGGGAGCUGCAGGCCGAGUUGCAACGCAUGUGCAGCGAGAUUUCGCGCGAACACACGUGGCACCUCAACGCCCGGGCCCUGCAGGAUGCUUUCAGUCUGCUGGCAUAUGCAGACCCGUGGAGAAGCCCCGUGGGUUACCUCCUGGGGCCGGCGCAAAGGGAACACACGUGCGCUGCCCUCAACAGCACCAUCCUGGAGUCCCUGAGUCUGCCGAGGCAGCCGGCGCUGUCGAUGGUGGUGGGGCAGCUCUCGGAGUGCCUGCGCCUCAUGCCUCGUGCCGGUCUCGGCUCGGCUGCCUUCGCACCCAUCCACGAAUACACGCACUGACGAAUGGCGCCGUGCAGUCAUCCCGCCUCCCCCCCCCCACCGAUCUCUUCCCCUCCCCCAAGAGCGAUCACUCACCGGGUCGCAUUCUCAUCACAGUCGACUCCAUUAUCUUAUGCGCAGCGCUGGCAACACCGGGCAGUGUUGUACAGGCAAACAAACAAACAAACAAUCAAUUGCGGAGCAAGGUAGAAGGCUCCAUAACGGUAAAGCAUUUGAGUUGUUUAAAACUAAUUUAAUCACUUCAUGUGUCAUGAAGGUGAAUAACCGGCUGCCUCUUCCCAAGAGGAGGAGGGCGGCAAAUGUGAGUUGCAUUGCGUGUGCAUGCAACCCUCAGAACGAUCCAAUGAGUUUGGAGCCAUUUUCAUUUGACCGUGCAAACACGCUGGUCAUGUGCAUGUCACAGGUUCGCAACGGGACAGGUUUAUCCAUAGAAGUGUCUCUCGUGCGCCGUGAUCACACGACUGAACACACGUGUGGGCCCCCCGAACGGCUAAUACACGACAUUAGCUUGGGAAUUCCAGGUGUGCGUGACGGGUUAUGUUUGUCGGAGCAGUUCGACGAUGCGAAAAGGCCCAGGCACGCGGACAAUGCUCACUCACCCAGAUCCAGCGAAUUGAGAGAAGUUCAGAGGAGUUAUUGACCGCGUUAUGGUGCGAGGGCGCGUGUGCGUGCACGGUAGUCGCCCGUGAAGAAAGACGCAAGCACCGCCCCAUGCUCUUCCGCCCUGUUCAGCAUGGAGCUCCAUCCCACGUGUUCCUUCAGCCGUUCCUGCAUCUGCGCGCCCACUUGUUCCCUCCUUCAAAGCGUGGGGUUCUGGUCCAUUAACGUUCUAUUGUAUGCGUGCAGCUUUAAAUGUGGAAGGUUCGCUGUAAAUUGUGAAGCCUCUUUUCAUUAGCAAAACUAAAAAAGGGUUGAAGAAUGACUUGCAAAGAUGAUGAAAUACGGUUCCAUUAAGUUCAUGGCCAAUAGGUGUUCGCAGGCUUAUGCAAUGCCUUUUUUGGAUGAAAUAUUGAUUGAAGAAAGUGUGCUUUUGUCAUUCUCACUCUAAUCUCUUCGAAUGGUUGCCAAGUAUUAAAAACAACUUCUGGUGCAUCGGCUAGACUAUGUUUUUUCUUUGGCGAAGUGUUAGUAAUAUGCUGGUUGUGUAUAAAAAGUGGCCAUCUUCAUUAUGUAUUAGAUAUAACAGGGUUUUUUCAAACUACCGUCCUUGGUUUUUACCACAAUAGGUUUUUACUUCCAGCUGUCAAUUUACAAAUUAAAAUAAAUACGGAGCCGAUCCGAUUUUGAAGAAAACAUCGUAAUCGAAAAAACAGAUGACUGGAUCGCCAUUUUCCGGAUCUUCCUGUGACACAAUCAAGCGCCGUCACAUCCCGAUUAGCCAAUCGGCUCAAUGAUCCUUAAGCACAUUAAAAUGUAGCAUUAUACUGCAGCAUUUGUAUAGUUUGGACACCCCCUGUUGAAUUACAAUGACCUAUGUUGGAUUCAAAAGUGGGGAUUGUUUAUUUUCUUGAACAGCAAAACCCUAUUUACAUGAUGUUAUUAAUAAUGUUUUAAAAUAAUAAAGAAGGAUUGUUCUAUACUCUUGUGAAUUACAUGAAGGCGCAAUCCCCUUGUGUGAAUCAAGGCGUAAUCUUGUGCUUCAACGGGGUUGCCUUGCCCAUCGACUCUGACGGCAUUGUCCGUAUGGUGUUACUAUUAAUUUUAAUGAUCAGGAUUGGACCAGAAAAAAUACGAACCGUCCCAUUGGCAUGGAAUUAAAUUCAGAAUGUGACCAGACCCAGGGAAAUUGGGUCCCAGCAGACCUGAACUCUGCACCCCUAGUAUAAAUACUGCAUAUGUAUAUAAAAAAAACUGGAUUAACGUUUGGAUGCAUUUGUAAAACAUGGAUUUUAUUACGUGGGAAGGCACUAAGGCAGGCGAUUAAGUCUCGCAAUCAUUGACGUCACUAAUUUAGUGUCUUUGUUGCAUUGGGCAGAGCCAAAAAUAGCAUGGCCCUCACGUGAAUUCUUGGCCAGUGCAGUGCUGUAGUGGCUUAUUGUGAAGGCGCCUAAUAGUCGCUGCGUCGGGGUUUCUGCGGUGGGUUUGUUUUUAUUUAAGCAGUACAGUACAACAUAUUUAAUCAUCAGGUUACGUGGUGUUGUGGCGUGAGCAGUUGAUCCGAUUGAAAGGUUGAGAAUUUUAAUCGCAUUCCUGGGUCAAUUCGGGCCACCAUCCCUCUGAAAAGUCGGCAGCAUCCUGCCUCUGGAUCAACUGGCCCGCACCAUGUGAAUGUGGAACUUUCACCACUGGCUCUGCUUCAGAGCAACCACCACCCUGUUGCUUGUUUAAGCAGAAUGAUGCUGAAGUAUGUUUAUAUAGAUACUGUAUUUACACACAAGGUUACUCUUGGCAGUUAUACUGAUGACACCUCGUGGAAUCGUCGACACGAGAGAUGGAACAAUGCAUCACUUGAUUGAUUAAUAUUGAUUCUUAAAUGCACGAUACAUAUACCAAAGCGCGUCUGUAAGAAUCGACUUGAGUUUUUUUUAUCUGUAUACUAUGUAUUGGUUUCACAUUACCCCCAGCAACCACUAGAGGCGCAACCAUUUACCACGUAAAAAAAAGAGAAUUUUUGAUUAAAUCGCGACCCUGAAUUUGUCUAUCAUCAAAUAAUCACAGGUGGGGUGGAUGGCUACUGCAUCUUUCCAGAACAAGACGUAGAGACGGCCUAAUUCCUCCAAACCAUCAAGCUAUGGCCUGACGGGUGUAGUGGGGAAUAUGGCACAUGCAGACGUAUGUCCAAAAAGUUUAUUUUUCUCCUGCUGUCCAUGCAUGGGGGGGGGGGGGGGGGCAGGGAGCACACACAGCACGCCAUGUAUUGCAGCUUUGGCCAGAACCUUGUAGGGACUGGUGAACGUGCAAAUGGAUUUGGCAAAAAAUAGCCCCGGAAAGGAUCACCCGGCGGUGUUGCUCGCCGCCGAUAGACUGGAAUGUGCUGUUGGGUGGCUGUGGGUGGAGGCACUUCCAACGCCUUGGGUCUGCCCUGCCAGUGGCUAAUUAUAGUCAAUUUGGCCUCACUUUGCGUACACGUCAAAACUGUGGGUCGUUCAUUUAGUUUACAAAAGGAUAUGGACACUUUUUUUUUGCUCGGUAUGUUUUCAGACCCCAGUACUCGCGUUCGCAAAACUACAAUCGGGAUUUAUUAAUAGGUGGCGGUGACGUGGCCGGCCGGUUUUUUUUUGUAGAGGUUCCACUGUUCGAAACCAGUGGGUUGUGUGUCUACUGCGGGUUAUUAACCGUACAAAUACUACGCGCCGUCUGCUUUGCUUUACAGCGGACGUCGUAACGCCGUUCACCAAGUGUAGGCAAUUGCGUGCUGGCGUCGUGGUCCAAAUUUGAAAAGUUCCCCUUAAAUUAGUACAUUUCGAAGAUACAAAGCAAUGAUCUCCCCUUUGUGGAUCCUCCUGACCAAGAGUUAUAAGACACUGAGGUUUUUCUGUGUAAACGAGCGUUAUAAUAAAUAAUGGGCAGCUUCUUUGAUGGAUAAAAAUCAAUUUCUGUGCACAUUGCGCAUUGCGUGCUGAUAAUGUCUAUGGAGUUUCGCUCACAUUUAGCAGAUUGUCCAAACAAGAGGUGACUUUAUAGUAACCACAACAGCACGGUUAAUUGACGUCUUACUCUACCUCUCCUCCAUAUCACAUGCUCCAUAUCUGCACCACCGCCUUGAUGAUGCCCAGCUCCUAAAGCCGCUCCUAUGAGAAUGUUGAUGAAAUGAAAAGGCAGUGCUCUGUUUUAGUCAUGUUGAAUAGCCCAACUAUACAAGUAAAGGUAGAUAAAGUGCGUGGUAUAAAUAGGGUCAACACCCCACGUUCGUUAGUACAAACUUUUCAAUAAAAGUUUUUUUUUUAAAUAAAUUAUAUGCAUUAUUACAAUUAGGCCUCAAUGGAGAACUCCUGAUUGAGGCGAAUAAGGUUAAUAGUUACCUGACUUGCUUUGGGGUUCUAUCCUGUUUCGACAUCGUGCGGCGUUUCGCUGUGAAUUUCCGAAGAGGUGCCCAGCAUGUGGCGCAGAAUGUUGAAAAAUAAAGCUGGCAAAAGACGCGGCACAACACAAAAGCACAUCAGAACACACCGUACAUCACAACCGCGAAAACUUUAGUAAUAAGGUGGCCGAUUAAUGCAUGCACACACAUCACAUUUAAGGAUAUCUGAUGUGAGCAAAGGUUUAUUGGAGGAUGUUUAGUUCUGUUGUAGUGAGUUUUUACCCAGACUUAAAAAAAAACAUGUACUGUUCUGAGAGCAAUUAUGCCCUCUGGGUGUUUUGAUCCGUUCGUGGUAAACCGCGACAUAAUGUUUGGAAGAUAUACACUUGUAAAUAAGUGUUGCAAAUGUGGCUUUUGAGCAGAUAAUGUUUGUUGAAGGAAGGCUCGCAUUGACAAUGUCGAGACUUUUUAACGAUAUGAUGGUUAUUAAAAUCUAGACGUUUACUGCCAUUAAUGUGACGUUUUUUUGCGAAUGGCAUCUAAACCAGGGUCACACCUGUCAAGCUGGGCUUGUGUCCCGUUGUGAUCCAUUCCCAAGAAAGGGCAUUGAUCUGGCCGGUAUGGCAAUCUCACAAUCAGCAACGCAGCUCCUCGCAAGAGGCUCUGGUGCUGGAUUUGGGACAAGUGGCAGUGGGUGAGAGCCACGUGUACACUGCACUGCACCGUUGCUUCAGCGUGCACUGGUUUGACUCCAUGAGUCACUUUAUUCAGCAGAUUGACCCAAACCCAGGAUUUAAAGCCGACGAGUCGGGGUGAAGCGGUAGCUGCAGUGUGCGGGCAAUCGGGCGCUGUUGGUGAUUAAACUUCGUUGAAUAAACGUUUUCCAGUUUUGUG